AUGAAAUUAUAUCUUUUAUUACUGAAUUGUUUAAUUUUUGGUAAUUUAAGAGGCGCCCAAAGUAGGAAUACCCCAUAUAAAGAAGACGCAGGAGGCGUUUCCGAAGAAGCGAUAAAGAAGCUAAAAGAAAUUAAAAAGCUCGAGUUGGAUAUCCUGAAGGACUUCGUAAAGCAAGACACGACGCAUUCUGACAUGUACAAGAGAUACCACUGCAUCGCCAGUGACUUCAUUUCGGGUGAUCCCAAAAGGAGCAGUCCCAAGGGAAGGACCCCAAAUAAUCACCCAGAAGAAAACAAAACGGAGGAAAAAAAUUUGGCAAAAGAAGGGGAGAAGUCAGAAAAAAGUUUCAUAGAAAAAAUUAUAUCCUUUGUAUCCAUUUUUCGCUACGAUAACGUAAGCAAUAUUUAUUCUGAGUAUGUCCAGAAAAGUUUUCCGACGGAAAGGGAUCACGCUGAUGAUGCAAAUGGUCACGAUGCCAUAUAUAAGGAAGAGAAAACUGAAAUAGGAAAAAAACAAAACUCAAGCUCUUACGUACAAUUAUCAGGAUUACAUUUAAUGAAGAAGAAUAUGUUUUUAGGUGGCAAGGACAAUUCUAGUGAGCAUUUUGAGGUAGGAAACUUGGGUUCUUUUUACAUGAUUUUUGGGGCCCGUAAUACUGAUUACCCUUGGGCGUGUUCAUGCGACCCUCUUCAGUUGAUAGAUUAUAAGGAGAAGAAGAGGAACUACGUUUUGUGUAGCAACCAAGUGGAUAUGUCUAUACAGAACGCCGAUUUGUUUUGCAAUCCCAAGAAUUCGUCUGGCUACUUUUACUUGUCCUACGUUUUUAUGUUUCUAGUUGUGAUCGUGUGCUUUUAA